ACGGCGACCGUUGUGGGUUUUGCGUCGUCCUCGUCGUGACGCGUGACGUACCAUCGAGUAAGUGACUUUUGUUGUGUGUACCCGUAGGUAGAGAGAGAGAAACGCCAUAGGGAUCGCGUGUACGUGUGCGCAGGGUCGACGUUUUGCCUCUCUCUCUCUCUCUGUUUCUCUUCUCGUGUUCGUUCCAUUCCCUUCCCUAUCCACCCCCUGAAAUCUUCUCCGACACACACUUCCCACGGAUCCCCGACGACGGUCACCUCGCCGAAUUUUCGAAAUUCGUGAUAGACGCGUGCGAGCACGCCCGCGUUCGGUUCUCGUGAAUGUGCGUGGCCAGAAAGCCGGUUGUCCCGGGGGAAACAUGCGUGAGCAGAGCCGGUGGACAACGACUGCGACUGCGACACCGACACCGACGAGGAACACGCUGCACGUGACUGCGGCACCCUCGCACCUUUUGCUGCAGUGAGUGGAGAGAGAAACGGAGGGAAGAAGAGAGUGAUCAGAAACGCAUUUUCCUUUCUCCUUCCGCUGUCAUCGUGUUCGAUAACGGGGGCUGCUGUGCGUUUCGCGGGGAGAUAAAAGAAAAAGGAAAAAUAAAAUAAAAGAGUGUGCCGGUGAUUGGUGCGCGGUAUUUUGUGAGUUGCUUGCCCGAGGUUCUUUCGUUCGCCGUGACCCUCGCGGAGGAGACUACGAAUCCUGGCACGUUUCCGGUCCCGUUCGUACCAUCCGAGAGAAGAUGAGGCGUACCAUCUUGGAAACGGGGAUGCACCCUGUGUUGUCCUGCUGGUGCGUCGUCGCUACGGUCACCCUUGCCCUCGCGGCCUGGCAGGAGAACAUUCGGCCGAAGAUGUACGUCCAGCUCGGUGCGGAAGAUGUGUUCAGGUUUACGGGGAACGAGACGCACACAGACUACUUUCGGCUGGUGCUUCGGGACGCGAACUAUCUUCUGGUCGGCGGAAGAAAUCUCGUGCACAAUCUGAGCCUGACCGAUCUGACCGAGCAGCAAAGGCUGACUUGGUACUCGACCGACAGUGACGUGAAGAUGUGCCUGGUUAAAGGCACGCCCGAGGAGAACUGCCAGAAUUAUAUUCGUAUCCUGGUGAAAACGGAGGCGAACACGUUGCUGGUGUGCGCGACGAACGCGUUCAAGCCGAUGUGUCGGGAUUACGGGGUUCACGUGGGCAAUUACACGAUCCUGAAGGAAAAGGGGGGCCAGGCGAUGUGCCCGUACGAUCCCCGGCAUAACAGCACCUUCGUCUACGUGGACGGGGAACUUUACACCGGCACGGUCGCCGAUUUCGCGGGAAUGGACCCCAUCAUUUACAGGGAGCCGUUGCAGACCGAGCAGUACGACUCGAAGAGCCUGAACGCGCCGAACUUCGUGAGCUCGAUGUCCCAGGGAGACUUCGUCUACUUCUUCUUCCGGGAAACCGCUGUAGAAUAUAUCAAUUGCGGCAAGACCGUCUAUUCUCGCGUGGCGAGAGUCUGUAAAUACGACCGAGGUGGUCCGCAUCGUUAUCGCAAUAGGUGGACCUCGUUCCUAAAGUCCCGACUCAAUUGUUCCGUCACUGGAGACUUCCCUUUUUACUUCAAUGAAAUACAAUCAACGACGGAACUGAUAUCGGGCCAGUACGGCAAUAAGUCGGCGCAACUGAUAUACGGCACGUUCACCACCCCGGUGAACAGCAUCAGCGGUUCGGCCGUUUGCGCGUUCUCCUUGCAGGACAUCACGGGCACGUUCAAAGGGAACUUCAAGGAGCAGAGCGCGAUCAAUUCGAAUUGGCUGCCGGUGCAGAACACCAAGGUGCCCGACCCGCGACCCGGACAGUGCGUCAACGAUUCACGCUCGUUGCCCGACUUGACGCUCAAUUUCAUUCACACGCACUCCCUGAUGGACGAUCUGGUUCCGAGCUUCUUCGGCCAACCGAUCGUUAUACGCACCAGUUUCCAUUACAGAUUCACGCAGAUCGCCGUGGAUCCUCAAGUGAAGACCCCAGGCGGUAAGACGUACGACGUGUUGUUCAUCGGCACGGACAACGGGAAGGUGAUCAAAGCGGUGAACGCGGACUCGGCGGACACUUAUCUGAAGGUCAGCCCGGUGGUGAUCGAGGAGAUCCAAGCGUUCCCGUCGUCGGUGCCGGUCCGGGGGAUUAAAGUGGUCCGAGCGUCUCAGGCUGGCGACGGCCUCGAGGACGGCAGACUGGUCGUGAUAGCGGACAGCCAGGUACAGGCCCUCAGGCUUCAUCGGUGCUACAGCGAUCGGAUCUUGUCGUGCGGGGAAUGCGUGGCUCUGCAGGAUCCCUAUUGCGCCUGGGACAAGAUGGAGGGCAAGUGCAGAGCGUUGGUGGGUCCUGCGUCCACCGACGCCAGCAGGUUUCUGCAGAGCGUCGCAACAGGCUUGCAUUCCUCCUGUCCGCCGAGCAAAAGCCUGAACAAGGACGCAGGCAGCGUCGGCGCCAUUUCCGCGAAUCAGAACAAGUUCCCCCAGGACUCGAUGAUCCCUAGUAAAGAGGGCCAGGGAGGGGAGAUCAUCAACAUCAUGCAAGACGAGGAGCAGGAUAGUUCAGGCCCCGAGGUGUCAGCGGCAGACUCGCCACCGCCGCAGUACUCCGUGGAAACGUUGGUGAUGGCCGUGGUGGCUGGUGCGUUGGCGGCUUUGUUCGUCGGUUUCGUGGCCGGUUACCUGUGCGGCAGGAAAUGCAGAAAGGACGAGGACGACAAUCUACCGUACCCGGACACGGAAUACGAGUACUUCGAGCAACGCCAAAACGUUAACAGCAGGCUAGCGCCCGAGCCAAAGUUACUGCCACAGGAGGAAGUGACGUACGCGGAACCGGUCCUGGUCCCGCAACCGCCAAAGCUACACUCGCCAAAGGGCACGAUGCGAAAGCCACCCGCGACACCGACGGAAACGUUGUUCCAGUUUCCGGACGGUUACGGUUUCCGCGGACCGAGGGACAAUUUCGGCACCCUGCGGUCCCACCAAGGGGACGCGUAUCGUCGCAACGACGGGUUCGCGACCACCCGCAGCGUGAAGAAGGUUUAUCUCUGAGAAACGAGCGAGGAGGGAGGCGGCCGUCACCGGAGCCUAGGACGGCCAGCGCGCAAUCGUCGUAACGCGAUUGUGACGUCCGGGGGACAAUCGAACCGCGAGCUAGCCGGCCCGAGGACGCUAGAGUCGCCCUCGCCGCCGUCGAGCGUCUCGUCCAGUUCCCCGUCGCCUCCCUCCUCGUCGCCCUCGCCCACCCUCGUACCGAUCGCGAUGACCGGCGGCUCGCCGCCACCGCCGA